AUGGGAGAGCAGGCGCCUGAUGUUGGAGCCUCUGGCCCAAAGCCCAGCUUCAGCAGGCUGGGAGCACUGGCCGGCACCAUCUGCAGACGGACGUUUGAGAAGACAGCUGCACAACUCCAGCGCUCCAAACGUCAAGGUCAGGGACUGGUCACACAGAUCCCUGGCGUGAGUCCCCUGGUUGAAUAUACCAUGAGGACUGUGGAGACCAUAGGAAGUGUAAUACUGGGUCUGCCGAGCUCUUUGGCACUGUUUCUGAAAGAUGCGCAACAGCACAAUUCUCUGAAGGAGAUGACCAGUAAUGAGUUUGAGCAGCUAGAGAGUAAGGGGCUGCCGAGGCUGGUCAGUGGAUUAGGGCAGAAAUUAUUGAAGGUCUAUGGGUCUGUGGUGGCUUAUGUAAAGAAACCCCAUCAAACCAGCUUCAACCUGGCUAAGGAUGGAGUCAGCAUUGCCCUGCGGUCCUAUGGCACAGUCAGGGAGAGAGCACUGCACAACCUUUCUUAUUAUGGGCUGAUUCCUAGGCAAUCUUCCAAACCAGAAGGAGGAUCCCAAAUGGCGGAAAACGAUAGAUCAAAAGAAUGUGUGAGUUGCUCUCUGGUGCUGGAGACUAGUGUAGGAGACCACAUGCACAGUCCCAGUGGCAAUUCUCAAAAGCAGCCCCUUAAGGUUACGGAACUCAAGGAGAUAUCAGAGGAGACCCGUCAGCUGAAGAAGAAGGUCAUGAAACAGAUUCCUAUGCAGCAGAAAGUAGUUCUUGGUGGCAAUAACAAGAAAGUAUCCAACCACAGAUCCCAGAGGAAGAGUCUGAAAGAUUGCACCCAGAUCUCCUCCUCAUCGUCUUCUUACAUUCGUACAGUGCAAAACAGCAGAAAUGCCUCCCCUACUGCAGAAUGAGAAUGGAAGAAUAGUCAGAGUGGGAUGUGGGUUUCAUUAUUUAUCCUGUAGGUCUGUCAUGUUCAUUUAAAGCAUUAAGCAUAGCAGUCAUGGGUCAUGAUUUCUAAAGAGCUGGCAGAGGUGUACGUCAACACUACCA